AUGACCAGCACGAAUUGGGCCCUGUCCGCUCCAUGGAUCUGGGUCCCGCACUACCUGGAAGAGGACAACCAGCCCGGACGAUACUUUCUUUUCCGCAAAACAUUCCAAUGGUCUGGAACCGCUCGCAGUGACCAAGAAUGCCUCGUGCACGUCUCCGCCGAUAGUCGCUAUCGCCUGUUCGUCAACGGGCGCAGCGUCAGCUUCGGCCCCUGCAAAUCGCAUCCCGGCAAGUGGUACUAUGAGACGGUGGACAUUCGCCCGUACCUCGCCGCCGGCGCGAACGUGAUCAGUGCCCGGGUCCUGCGCUACUCGAGUAUCGUGGCCGGCUCUUCCUCGAUCGUCAGCUCGCCGUUGCCGGGGUUCAUGCUGUAUUCGACGGAUGAGGAUGUCCCGAUCUCCAGCGAUGUGUCGUGGAGAUGCCGGGAGCAAAGGUCUGUGCAGAUCGUUCCGCACGCGGAGUGGAAUUUCCUGCUGGGACCGCCGUUCAUGGCGAACAAUGAGCGUGUCGAGGAGGAUCCGGCCCUGUGUGGUUGGCAGGACGCUGGAUACGAUGACUCCGCAUGGGAGGCUGCUGUCGUGCAGUCCAACGCGGUCAAGAUGAUGCCCAUUGUGAGCCAUUGGCAGCUUAGCCCGCGGCCGAUCCCUCCGCUGCCGGAGAUACCGUGCGGUUUCGAUGGAGUCGCCAAGUCAUCCGGUGUAGCUCGAGCGGAAGACUGGCAGGCGCUCGUAUCCAGUGGUCAGCCUGUCGUCAUUCCGGCGGGUGAGAGCGUAAAGGUCGACUUGAGCGUGGACGAACUCAUGACUGCUUUCAUCAACCUGUCGUUCAGCGGAGGGUCUGGCGCACAGAUCACAAUGCUGUAUGCGGAGUGCUACGAGAAGGAUCUCGGGGUGGAUACCGCUCCUUUUCCCAUGCCACGAACCAAGGCCAACCGCGCGGACGUCAGCGGUCGGCUCUACGGGCCUAGGGACUAUUACACUGUUACGGCUGGCCGGGAGACGCACUCGUUCGAGCCAUUCUGGUUCCGCUGUUUCCGCUACGCGCAGAUCGAGAUCACCACGGCCGACCAGCCUUUGACGCUGGACCGGAUAUCCCUGCGAGAGACAUCGUACCCACUGGACAUCAAGACGAAGAUCCAAGCAGGCGACGAACUCACCAAGAUUUGGGACAUAAGUCUGCACACGCUCAAGAACUGCCGCCACGAAACCUUCGAGGACUGUCCAUUCUACGAGCAGAACCAGUUCGCAUCCGACUCGCGGCUCCAGAUGCUCUUCAACUACCAGCUCUCGCCGGACGACCGCUUAGCCCGGAAGACCAUGGAGGAGUUCCACGCCAGCCGCACCGCCGACGGCCUCAUCAUCGCCCAGUACCCCACGGGCCUCCCGCUCAAGCAGAUCCCGCAGUUCUCCCUCUACUUCAUCCUGAUGGUGCACGACCACAUGCGGUACUUCGGCGACCAGACCCUCGUCCGCCGGUACCUGGGUACAGUCGACAGCAUCCUGAACCACUUCGACCAGCGUCUCGACAGCCGGGGGCUGGUGGGCCAGUUCGAGCCAAUCACCUGGCCCUUCGUCGACUGGGUCAAGGAAUGGUUCGUGCCCGGCCAGAUCUUCCAAUCGUGCAUGCCGCCCGCCUACCACUCCCACAGCGCCGGCGCCGCAACCAUCAACAGCCUCCUCUACGCAAUGACCCUCCUCCAUGCCGCCGACCUCUGCAUUUUUGCAGGACGCAACGACACCGCCACCGAAUACCGCGCCCGCGCCGACGCCCUCCGCCGCGCCGUGAACCGGCACUGCAAGGGUCGGGACGGGCUAUACACAGACGGCCCCGGCGUGGAGCAAUACAGCCAACACACGCAGAUCUUCGCCAUCCUAUCGGAGACCGUCACGGGCGACGCAGCGACGAGCCUCAUGCGCCGGUGCGUUGAGGAGUCCCCCCUCCUCCCGCAGUGCUCCUACGCGAUGAAGUUCUACGUCUUCCGCGCCGCCGAGAAGGCCGGCGUCUACGCGGAGGUGUUCCACCGCCUGCUCGAGCCGUGGCGCGCCAUGAUGGCCGAGAAUCUGACGACUUGGGCCGAGGACGACGUCAACGCGCGCAGUGACUGUCACGGUUGGAGUGCCUGUCCGGUCAACGAGCUGGUCACGCAGGUCUUUGGCGUGACGCCGGGGUUUGCGGGGGCUCCAAGGAUCCGGAUCGAGCCGCGGCGGGAGCUGGUGGAGCGGGCGGAGGGGUGGUUGUGGACUCCUGCUGGGGAGGUGAAGGUGAGUUGGGGGACGGAUGGGCCGGUGGAGGUUGAGGCGAUGGCGUCGGUCACUGUUGAGGUUGUUGCUGGGGGAAGGACGGAGGUUGUUGAGUUGGAGCCGGGGAAGGUGGUUCGGGUUUAG